AUGGAACCCUCUGUGGCACACCGGCCUUGGGAGGACAUCAAGCCUGGCUUCCAGACGCCUCCCACAGCGAUGACAACGCAGACCCUUCCAUCGAUAUCCACGCUGACUGCCAGCAUGAGCAACAGCAAUGUUCCUCCUGCAGAAAAAUCGCCAGCGAGCUCAAUGAACACGCUCGAGCGGGACUCGGGCAACUGGUCUAUGCCUCAAAGCACAAGAUCAUCUACCUACUCGCAAACCACAAACGGCACUGGCGCCAACAAUUACCACUCGAUGACUUUCCUCAACUCCUCGCAGCCAUCUCCCAACCGCCAUUCGGGCGUUUCUGACCGAUCGCCGCUCAAUCAAGACCAAUCUACGACUCCUUCACCCGCCGGUGCCCAUCCAUCCCCAGGUUUUGCCGCUACACAGCCUCCCUCCAACCUUCCUUCUAUCAAUCAGAAUUUUGAAGCUGUGUCGCACCGGGGCAGCAUUAUUGAACCCCCCGAGUCGCGACGAAGCAGUGUUGAUAGCCGAGUGAACCAAGGGAUCAGCGCUUUGGCCAUUAACCCAGCCUCCCCCUACCACAGCACGAACGCCUCCCAAUCUUCAAUUGUCUCUGGUCUACAAAGAGAGCGAGGGAUUUCCAACGACUACAACAAUGCCAAUGGUUUUCGCGGCCCGCGAUAUUCUGGCCAGCCCUUGUCUCCACUGGGUCCCCGCGGUGGCGAUCAACGCGGAUUCACUUCCGGACGUACUGCCCCGGCGAUUUCAUCCAACCCUCGAUCUGAGAUCUACAAUGCAGAGGCUCCGACGGCUGGGAUGGCCUAUGCUUUUCCCGAUCCCGAUGUCGCCCGUUCUAGCUCGAGUUUGAACUCCCAAGACAAGCAGACACCAACCCCGUUCUCACGCAAGGGGAGUAUGGCAGAGUCUCUUAACAGCAGUGUAUACUCGGCGGAAACACGGCUGCCCCGUGGUCAGCAAGAAUUGCCGCAGAGUGUGCACCACCAUUCGCUCCAGCACAAACAAGUACGCGGUCUUAUGGGCGAUGCUGAGGCCGCUAACAAUGCUACACCAUACAGCCGAACUCCGGAACUUCGAGUGACCCACAAGCUCGCAGAGCGAAAGCGUCGUAGUGAAAUGAAGGACUGCUUUGAGAUGCUGAGAAUGAGACUUCCACAAAGCCAAAAUAACAAGUCUAGCAAAUGGGAGACACUGACGAGAGCUAUUGAUUAUAUUACCUCGCUCGAAAAACAAGUUGCAUCAUCACGUCGGGAGACAAACGAUCUUCAACGUGAGGUACAGGAGCUGCGGGCCCAACUCGGCGGACAGCAAGUCAAUGGACAGAGCCGACUAUAUGAUAGCCAUUCAAUAAAUGGCCCGCAAACAAACGGGUCGUCCCAGCCCGGGACUUACCCUACAUAUGCAUCGGGUAUGGCUGUUGAUCAGCCGCGAACUUUGCCGCCUCUCAUUAAUGGCUCUGUAGCAGCUAUGCAAGGGGUGCAGUACACGGAAGAGCGAAGAUAA